AAAGAGGCGAGGAACGCGGAGCGAGGCGGAGAGCCGUGGCUUUUGUCGUGCCGGAGAGAUGCGAGGAGCCCGCGGUCGCGCAGCACGGGCAGCGUACACCGCGUACACUUGCGGAGUAGCGGAGUAGCGUGCGCGCGCGCGUGCGUUAGCCGACGAGUCCGCGGGCCCGACGUGGCCGCCCCCGUCGCUGCGGAUUACGUCGUGGAUUACGUGGUUUCUGUCAGGGGAUCGUCGCCGGGAGCGCCGAGCAGUCCGCCCGCCGUUAUGACGGAGCCCUGAACGUCCGGGACGAGUCCGCGGAUCGUCGCAGUCGCGCCGCCACUACCGACGAACCGUCGUUGCGUGCGUGCGUGCGUGCGUGCGUACGUACGCUGCGUGCUGUCCACAGAGCCUCCUCACCGGAGUAUCGGCGGGCCUAUACGCGCGACAUGGCGGGCUUUCAUGACAGGGACAGGGCCCUGUUCCCGAUCCGGAGCAUCUCCGAAAUCGUGCAGAUCUUCAAGAAUCAACUGGAGAACAGCGCCGAGCCGGACCUCGCGCUGCUCUCGAUCCUCGUCGGCGCGGUCGAGAACUCGCUCACGUGCAACCGCGCGUUCGCCAACCCGGAGACCACCGUCUACGACGAACCGAAACUACCGGCCGUCGAGUACCACAUCGCCGAGGCACUGUACACCAAGUUCCACGCGGUGAUCAAGGGCGCCGUCGAUCUCACCGUCUACGACACCAAGUACGCCACCAGGGAGCUCGUGAAGAAGGUGUCGGACGUGAUCUGGAACUCGCUCACCAGGAGCUACUACAAGGACCGCGCGCACCUGCAGAGCCUCUACAGUUACCUGACGGCGAACAAGCUGGACUGCUACGGCGUCGCGUUUGCCGUGGUGGCCGGCUGCCAAGUUCUGGGAUUCAAGGAUGUACAUCUUGCCAUGUCGGAGGAUCAUGCCUGGGUCGUGUACGGGGAGAACGGCACGGAGACGGCGGAAGUUACUUGGCACGGUAAAGGAAACGAGGACAAGCGCGGACAACCGGUGGAGCCUGGCGUGGCAUCCCGAUCCUGGCUGUACCUGAACGGUCAAGCGAUGGUGUGCACCCGUGCUUUAGAGGUGGCCACCAUAGUGUCGGCCAUAAAUCCUAGUCUGAACGCGAGUACCGACGCGGCCGAGGUGGCGUUGCUGCAGCAGGAAUUACUGUGGCUGCUGUACGACCUGGGCCACCUGGCCAAGUACCCCAUGGCGCUGGGCAACUUGGCCGAGUUGGAGGAGGCUGCGCCCACACCAGGCAGGCCACCGCCCAUAGAUCUCUUUCAGGAAGCUGUGAGGUCGGCGAGAAAGUAUUAUGGAAAUGCGCACGUCUAUCCGUACACCUAUCAGGGAGGAUAUCUGUACCGACACGAAUUGCACGUCAACGCAUUCGCAUCGUGGGCCGACGCGGCUGAUGUCUUGCGAAAAUACGAUUACUCACGGGACGACGGCGAGAUAUACAAGGAAUUGCUGGAGAUCGCCAACGAGCUGAUUCCGCACGCGGUGCGUAUCGACGAGCGCCUGCUGCGGCAACCGCGUUGCUUCGCGUACCUGUUGCGAUUCUACGACGGUAUUUGCCAGUGGGAGGAGGGCGCCAACACCCCAGUGCUGCACAUAGGUUGGGCCCGGCCGCUGGUGAACACGAUCUCGAAGUUCGAUGCCAGUAUACGCGCGCAGGUGGUCAUAGAGUGCUACGACACGGAGACCAAGCAGAAGGAGGAGACGACGCAGAAGAGGGAGACCAGCCCCGAGGAGACCCUAAAUAACAACAACAACAAUUACUGCAAGACUAAGGAACGGGGUAACGCGGCGCGCGACCUAAUUAAGAGCCUAGAGUCGAAAGUGCCGACCAACUCGGCGUCCACGCAUCCCAGUAUUCAAGCUCUCACGGCGGCCUGCAGCGAGAAAAUACUUAACAGGGAUUACCUGCUGCAGGGCGGCGGCGAGCCGUUCGUCGCGCCGCCGGAUGACGCGCUACCCCCGGCGGCGCCCUCCACCUCCUCCUCUCAGGAGAACGUCGUCGAGCCUGCGGUAGAAGCCGACCCCGACACGAACGAGAGCCCGAGGAUAACACUGUACAGUCAAAAGAUGAAGGGCCUCAAGGAUCUGCUGCUGGCGGAGAAACUCAACACCCAUGCGAUCUCGCUGCAACUCACCGCGCAGAGCCAGGUGCAAAUCGGUAAGAAGUCGCGCGGCGGCGACGAUGUGGGAGUCAGUCAGCGUCCCAAGAGGACGCGCCGGGAAUAGUAUAAGAUCUUCGACCGACGUUUCGGUAUAGUGAAGUAUUGAAAGUGCCACCACCUCGGGGAAUUGACUCUCCGAUCGGCGAGCUUGAGCGGACGCGCGCGCGAUUAACCGCUGAUCGUCGUGCGCAAGCAGUCAUUUAAAAGGUAUACCGAUCUCCUCGUCCCCGAUCGUCGCCUUGCCGAUGGUCAAGGCGCGGAUUCUCCCCGGCCGCAAUGGGUAGGACGGGAGAACCUCUCCGGAAUCUCGAUCCGAGCGCGUCGUGACGAAUUUUGUGCCGUUUUGAUUUGACGAAGCCCUCCACGGUGCUCCUCUUGUUCCGCCGACGACGCCGCGGGUCGCCCUGCGUGCAUACAAGGUUUACGUUACCGUCGGGGAUAUAUCGCCGUUAGAUAUAUAGAGUAUAAAGUAGAUAUAUAUAUACGGAGAGAGAAAGAAAAUUUGUAGAAAAGUACAAAAAGGUUUUCCCCACUCUUAAGUUAGUGGACGGAUCCAUCGCGAGACGCGCUUCCCCGUUGUCUCGCGCUGCUCGUCGCCGAUUCGAGUAUUUUGCGUGUAAAUAUCUCUUGAUUCUUCCACAGUGCGUAGAGCUGUGACUUGCGGUAGCGGGAAGAUAAAGAAUCGAAUAUAUUGUACCUAAUCUAUCUCCGCGGAUAGACCAAUCUUUUUCGGAGCACAGUUAUUUAUUCUACGAAUUAUAUACAAUUUUGACGACGGUCAAAAACGUUGACGAGAGUCGCACGGUAGGCCGUCACUUUGUCAUACGUCUAUAUAAUCUCUCUUGUUGCACUCUUAUUUAUUGAUUCACGUUUUUUCUAUUUGAGCGCUAUUGCACUAUUGAAUGAUUAUGAUUGACAAGUUGCCGUUAACGUUUUUUACACUUGGUAGUUGAACUUCUGUUAGUAUUACGCUUGUACGAUCUAGUAAGGAAAACACAUUCCACUCCGCAUGUGGUGCAAACUAAUUAAGUUCUUACCUUAAGGUAUUUUAAGCAUAAAGUUCUCGCUUAUUUUUAUAACUAUUUAUUUUCAGAGUAAUUGUGUGUAAGUAAUCUAUCUCCGUAAGGCUCCUCUAUUUUGCUGUUUGCCCGAAUACGCGGGCGGAACGAGCGUUAGACAGUCCGUCAGUCUCGAUCCACGAAUCUGAAUUGUCCGCGCGCGCUGAAAUCAAUGAAUGAUCAAUCGCGCAUCACCGCGACGAAAGAGGAAUGAUGAAAUCGCACCGCGACCGUAUCGGUAUCACAAAUCACGUGUCGUUCUUGAUCAUCAGGCGUGUGCAUAAUCUCUCUUCCUUCUUAGUGUAAGAACGCGUUUACUUGUCUGAUGACGAGAGGACCGAGGACUGUCCGUGGCGCUUGCAUUUGCGCGCUCCAGAGAUUUCGUAUUCGUUUGUCCAAUUUAUUCGUUUUCGAUCCGUCGCAAAGAAACAGAACAGCGACCCACUCCCGGUCGCGCACUCGCGUUUCGUUUAUCGUCAAUGCACGCGUGAAAUUGCCGUGCUUCUUUGACUAAUUGAUCGUUUGCAAUCAAUCAAUCGGGGUACGGUAUCUGCCUCUCUACGCGAUUCGUACGAUUUCUUUAAUUAAUUAAUAAUAAUACUCUCCCGUUCGCGUCCCGGAUUUCUGCAGGUGACAGAUAUCCGUCAUCUGUUCACAGUACGUAAAGCUCGGCGCGCUCGCGCGGCCGAGGCUCUUUGACAAUGUUUAAAGCGGAUUGUUGUAGAGUAUGUUGUUGACAGGAAUGAGAAUAUAAAUGGUCCGAGCUGAUCGACGAUAACUUAAUAAUGAAGGGCGCUAUCUUACUGUGAUGCUGAAUAUAUACUAUAUAUAUAUAUUAUAUAUAUAUAUGAAAACAAAGUAUAUAUAUAUAUAUAAUUAUACAAUUUAAUAACCGUAGUUGAUAAUGAGCGGCGCGGUAAGGGACGGUAUUGUGGGAAUCGCGAUCCCGCGUACGAUUCCGCGUCGCGACUAUGAAGAACUAAUUAAACGACCGUAGCAAUUAACGUUGAUCAAGCAACAUGAAGAAUACCGAUAUAUCGCAAUGACAGUCCGUCGCCUGUCCGGCGCGUGCAUACCAAAAUUUCACGUAAGAACGACGUGGUACAUCGACGAUCGUUCUCGUAGAGGCAUUUCCGUUACCGUUCCUCUCUUUUAGCGCUAACGGUCUUGCUGCGCCGCAGCAUCAGGACCGUUGUCUUCUCUCGAUGUGUACCGCGUGCGCCCACCCGAGGCUGAAUUGCACCGACAAUCCGGUUUAAGCUCCAGCUCCGAGGCAGUGGCUUCUCGCGCACGGACAUACCUAAAAUGCAGGGUACCGGAAAUUAGAUGCACAACCGUCUGCUUCAGGAAAGCUUCUGAUUUCUACUUCUCGAGCAAACUGUCUGGCUCGUGUUAUUAAUUCUGCGAAUGUUUUGUAACUCGUAUAAUGCCAUAACGUCAAUGUGAGCGUAAUCUUUGUGUCACUGCUUCGAGUUAACGAUCACGCUCUUCAAGGUAGCAACAUCUGAUAAUAGAAGCGACAAUAGAUUCAGCGUUUGGCCCGCGACCGACGUUGGUGCAACCGGCUUCGGAAACGGAAGUAGUCCUGCGGGAGAGCGAGGACUUGCGCGUAUUACGACUCUGCAGGAACGCGUAUACCUUGUCCACGUAUAUAAGAAGGAUAUGAGAGCCUCCAUGUGCUUUCGCGAGUCGCAGUCGCGAUCGAAAUUCAGUACUUUAGCGGUAAUUCUCCUUGGUUCUUUUUUCCGUGUACGCAUACGUACAUGUACAUACGUGCAUACACACAUACACGCAUACACCUGUUGUACUCAGUAUUCUUUCCUCGUCCACGGAGUGUUAAAGACUACAGGGAUUAUAAUGUGCAUAAUGGUAGGGAUAAUAGGUGAAGAUAUGGUGCAUCAGAACAGUAUUUUUGUAUUUAACGGGGGAACGCGCCCUCCGAUCGACGUAUUAACGAUGAUGUUUGCGAGCAUGGGAGAUCAGAAGGUGUGACAUUCGCUGGGACGUCUCGAAGGCAACCGCGUGAUCGGCGGGCUUAUCGUGAAGCAUUAUUACUUUUCGUAGACUUUCAGACCCGAGAGACCCGCAGCGGGCGUGCGAUCAUCGAUCAGGCGAAUCUUGCGUGCGAGUGAAGCGAAUGUGGCGUGAUUUUGAGAAACCGAAAAUGACGAUGACGAAACCCGGAAGACGAGAUGCUCAUGUGAGAUUCAUCGUCUCCUCGCCAGCCACCGUCUGCUCGCCGCUGCGUACGUAAACGAUUGCUCGGAAUUGCGAAAUAGUUGUAUACCAGAUAUUUUAUUUUCACCGCAGCGAGUUUUAGUGACGUGUUCUUCCAUGUAUUGAUAUCUUUCAUCUACGAAAUUCGCGAUACAGGUUUUGAGAAACACCAUUGUAAAGAUCUGUCUAAGUGAUCAGAAAAUCAUACGUGAAAUUCUCUUCAAUCCUCAUUGUUCAAUAAUAUUUAUAAUUAAAUUUUUCGUAAGAUUAGUGCCAGGAAAAAAUUAGGUUUACAUAAAUUAGAUUUCGCAAAAUCUCGUCAUUAAAGCUUAAUAUGUUGGAGAUGGAGUAUCUUGUAGAAUGUGAAGGAUUGUAGAUUAUUCCUCGUCUUCUUCGUCUUUCUUAUGUGCCUUUCUUUUCACUCGCUAGCAUACUACCAUAAGUAGAAAGUGGUACCCGACGUACACUUCUCUCUUCUUUUUCUUCUUCUUUGUUUUCGAGUACGCCUCGUCGAAGUUGCCUUUUUAUCAUGGAAGAGUUGAGAGAUAGCCGAUCGACUUUGUUUUUAAUAUCAUAUUAUGCAGAACUGUCAGAACAUUUUUUAACAUAUUUAUUGGACGAUGUAACAAUGUCAGCUAAUAUUGUUGCAAUAGAAAUAAAUAAAUGGUAUCAAAUAGUGCAUGCGGAUAAAUACGGAUUUUUGAUAAAAUAAAAUGAAAGCAGUUGCGAAGAGAAGAAUAGAAAAUUUUAUAUUUUGUCGUCCAACAAAUAUUUCUUGAAAUAUGCUCUUAUGUCACAUCGCUAUUCAUUUUCUGGUUUCUUAUUCAGCGUUCAGUGUGCAAUUCUUUUGUUUGCCCCACUUCAUGAGAUUCCAUCCGACAAGAUCUGAAUACUUUAGAACUUUCCGUUUCUCGAUGUAAGGACUACUAUUCUCGCUUCAGUUUAUCCAGUAUCUUUAUCGUUGUGUGCCAUAAAGCCUGCCUGCUUGCUUGCUGAACGUGCAUGAUUCAUAAACCCGCGCGACGACACGCCGAGCUAGCUACGCCGUUAGUUUUCUUAUGAACGUUUUAUAGGAUCGAUCAGCCUUUUUGUCAUGCGCAACUCCGCCUGUUUCUAUCCUCUCCUUGACGCUGACGUAUUCGCACCGAGCGUUUAGUGCAAACUGGAAUCUCAUAAACGCAAUCGUAUCGUUUAACAACGGUUAUAAAAUGUUAGCGGUUACCUCAUUGGUCGUUGCUUUUAGUACGUAGGGAAUGAUUUUUCAGGCUUGUACGACAUGACAAGACUCCGACGGCAAACGUCCAGGAAACGUAUGAAAACGUUCUAAAUCUUCACAGAUGAUUCUUCUAGGACCGUUGCAAACAUCCUUCUGGACGUUUGCUGCUCGGAUCGCUCUUACACGGAUUUAACCGGCAGGAAAAUACAAUUAGAAAUCUCAAAGACUCGUGUUCUUGUCGGAAACGAUAUCUCUCCUACUUUCGCUCGACUCAUCGUGUACAUUAUAUUAGUUUCCAUGACAGAUGGACGAUACGCGACGUUUCGCCGGUUAAACAGCUCUUGCAACGAAUAGCCCAUUACGAGUUCGAAUCCCGCGUGAUUGUUGAUGUUAACGCUUUAACCGAAAUAGUUCAGCAACAUGCGAUUCUCUCCGGAUAUAUUACAUCGAUUGCGUGCCGCGUCCGUAGAGUGCUUCGCGUCUUUGAGAUUUAUUCAACGCUGACGACACUACUCAUCCGGGACUUCGUGAUGGACAUGUACUUCCACGCGUGGGGGAGGGAGGCGUGUUAAUUAGAAGUUAAAUAUAGAGAAACGCUACUCUAGAGUAAAACUGUAAGUCCGAGUGUUUAAACAUCUCUACGUCUACGAGUAAUUACACUUGCUAAGCAUACCAAGUCUCAUGUACUUAAGCGAACAAAACCGAACGGCAGCCUCGGUGGAUGACAUAAGCGUCAUGCGCGGCAGAGCUGUGUGAAAUAUUACUUCACAGUGUAUCAAUUAUAAGCAGUCAAAUAUUCUCUCUCGCAUAAUCAACUUUCUCCUCUCAAGAAAGCGCAGUAAUCGGAGUCCUCUUUGGACGUAUCAGUAUACAUAGAUCUAGAGAUUAGAAAAAACGAACUAAAUACUAAAUGGAUACACAGAGGCAUACACGCGCGUGCAUACACGUACAGAGUUACACACACACGCAUACAUACAUACAUCUGUAACGCAUAAAUGAUAGACCGUGAGAUACAGACGGAGAAUGGACAUGACGCUCGCAAGAAUGGAGUAAUAUUUUGCUUGUCUCUGAUUACACCGAUAACGAUAAUUGCGUCGAGAUCGACUGCUCGGAUUUUACCCGGGCAGUUGCACAGGCAGAAUUAAAAAAAAAGAGAGAUAAAAAGAAGAAUAUCGCGCUGUUCUUCCGCGAUGCGAGCAGAAGGAUAAGCGUCGUCGUGACUCUACGAUGACGGCGACACGACCAGGGUAACUCGUUGCGUCGCGAUACCACGCGGCAGCGAAUCUCGUAGCUUCUUUUCAUCAGUGAAGCUGAUCCGAACGCAUGAUCCGAUGCUUUGUAAAUCGGCUCGAUCACGGUUGAAUCAUGUAUCGAGAGCGUCAUCGUUGUCGCUCGGUAUCGCGAGGCGGUGAUGAAAGAGCGUUUCCGCAUGGUCACGAACAGAGAGAAGAGAGUAAACGCAGCUAAUUGUUAAACUGACAGAACAGUGAGACAGACAGAUCUUAAGGCAUCACGGAAAUGUCUUGUUUUUUUUCUGUGGAUUAUAAUAAACUAUUUUAUUCUAA